AUGUUGGCAGAAGGCAUCUUAACUAGCCUCGUAUAUAAGGAAAGCUGUCAUCAAGAUAAGCCUCACAAAUCUCAUGCAUCCAGAAAGGAUAAAGAGGAAAUCUGGAGGCAGAAACUUGUAGACAACCCAAAAAUUAAAGGCUUUGCUGAUGGGCAUGAGAAGCAGGAUGAGAUCUGUGCUAAAAGCAGCAAAAUGGAACGCAGGAGCGGUCCUCAGUGGAGAUCCGUACAAGAGGUGCCUGCAAACGAUCAGAAAACACUUGUUAGAGGAACCGUAUCGGCAGCUUUACACAUCCCCAAGCGAGAGCAAGCUACCGAACAGAUGGAUUUGUAUAGAUCCUGGUCCUGCAACAGCAUUUAUCAACACUACCCUGACUUACACAUUGGGGGAGACCGCGUGGGGGACCACACGUGUGAUUCGGGUUGUGUUUUGGACCAUAUGUGUGAGGAGCUUCCCGACGGGCCUGUGUUACUGUCCGUAGACAUUCCUCUAGGUCCGUCCCCUCUACGUGAGCAUCCCGAAAAGCCGAGUAUAAAGUCCCUGUCUGGAGAUGAAGCUGGAGAAAGGAGUAUCGUGCUGUGUGAGGAGCCUCUUUCAAACUCUGUGCUCAACAAGUACAUGGAAACAAAAGUGGCAGAGCUCUAUAAACAGUUUUUUGAAGAGAACUUGACCCGGUGUGGUUCUGUAACAAACCUCCUCACUUGCAGUUUGAUCAGGAAUAACCUGAAUCAGAUAAGCUUUCAGGUAUCCCAGGAGCAGAACAUAGAAACGUCAAAAGCCAGAGAAGUGCUCUUGCACUCUUUAGCUUUGUUUAGUUGGCGCAACACUACCAACAGAAAUAGCUCCGAAUUUAGUACUCCAAACUUACAAAUCUCAAACCCAGCAUGUGUGAAAAAGAGCUGGAGGGUGCAGUUUACAUCAUGA